AUGAAGUUGCCUGACCGAACACAAGUGAUCUUCAUGUGUGUGUGUGAGUCAUGCAUGUAUUAUUUUGUGUACAUUUUUUGUUCCUGUUUCUCAUCUCUACGAACUUAUUCUAAUGGCAUCGUCCAAUAUGCUUUAACUUGUGAUUUAAAAUAUAAUUUAAACCCAGCUUGCUACUGGCUAAUAUUUAAUAAAGAUUUAAUUAUUGAAACUCGUUUGAAAGGUUAA